AUGAUGAAAGCACGUGCAGGAGAUGCGGACAAGGCCGACGAUGAAACAGAAAACGAAAAGGCAUCAAAGGCAGCUCUUACCUCGAUGCCGUAUCAGUGUCAGGAGCUUAUUUUGUAUGGAAGCGUGUUCGCGGAUAAUUUACCGGAUUUGGAACGACGUUUGACCGGACUUUGCGAUCCUGGAUCAACUGAGUUUCACGAGCACGACCUUUCCUUCAGUCUCAGAACAGGAACUGAUCCUGACGUCACGAUAAGGCUCCGUCGCCGCUUCAAUGUCGAUUCAUUCAACAGCCAUCAGUGGCAGUUUCGAUACAUUGGAGGACCGGAGCCUGACCAGAAGUGCCCUGUCAUUGUUCGAAAAGUGAUUGAUUCAAUCGCAUAUUCCCAUUUGAUGAUGGAUUUCGUCAAAACUUUAGGUUUACGCAUGGAUUACGAGUAUAUUGCGAAGGGUACUGUGUGGACAAAUGGGAAAAUGAAAGUCGUUAUUAGCCAGAUUCAGAAAACUGAGAAGGCUGGAUAUUAUGAUCAAAGCAAUCUGAAACGAUUUUCUGAUUCAUAUCUGGUGGAAAUGAGUGUGUGUUUGCCGGAUUCUGCUGAAUACACUGCUGCUGCUAAACAAUUACGGGACUUUGCCGACCAGUUACUUCCUCUCGUGGAAAUGGAAAAAGUCGACUACUGGAGAAAAUAA